ACCGCUGAAACAUCGCGCAGACAAGAGAAUAAACAAUUCACCCGUGAAAAGAUACGCCAAGUUUUUGCAGCUCAUAUUUCUGUACUCACCAAACUUUGUAAAAGCAACAACAUAUAGGGAGUAUGCACAACAAGAGUCUCAAAGGGAGAAUCCAGGCGAGAUAUUUACGAGUUUGCCUCAUGAAGUAUUUACCUGCAUUCUCUCUCAGUUAUCAUUGCGUGACCCCAUACGGUGCUGUCGUGUUUUGCAAAACCUGGCGAACAUUCCUCUUGUCAUCUUCCAUAAUGUGGCGCAAUAUAACAGGAUGCAACAUCACUUGCGAUCUCGCUCUGUACGAAAUCAACGGAAAAUAUGUUCGUGAGGUCGAUAUGCCAGGACAGGAUCACGAUGCCGCAAAUCUUCUUGUUCAUUGGGGCUGUUCAAAGAUUUAUACAAUGGUAGAUUGUCGUAUCUUGAUCUUUCGUAUCUUAUUCUUUUCUGUUCCAUUAGCGACGAUCGGGACGCCGAUGAAUUUUUCAAUUACUUGCCCAUACCUCACACGACUUCGUAUUCCGGGAUGCAUCGCCCUCAAACGAUUAGCAAAUUAGCUACCAACAGCUCAGCUACCGCAGCAAUGAAACGGAUCGUGCAUUUGGAAGCGUCAUUUCCGUAAAUGGAUCAAGACACACUCAAGCGGCUGCUCACGUUUUUCCCCCAUUUAUGGCACCUUUAUUUGAUGGGACACUUCCAAGGGAGCGGACUAUUGGGCUGAAUUAACG